AUGAGCCGCCUCCCCGAUCUACCCCAACGAUUCCCACCAACUCCUGAGAUAUUGCACUACACACCGCAACGUUCAACUGGCAAAACGAACGCCGCAGAGACGUCAAGGAAUCAAUGGCGUGCUCAUCGACAAAAAUCCCAAUCAAAUCUGUCUCGAGUCGAAGCACACACCUACCCUCAAACAAUGACUGUCAGAGAAGGAUUUAUCCAGUACUGGGCCGACAUAUCACAUGAGGAGAUGGUAGCUUUGAUACCUGGAGAAAUUCUUCCUCUCUUGCAGAAAAAGCUUCGACAGUUAUUAACAGACUUGAAUACUGAUUUGAAGGAUCGAGACAGGGCCUCUAAACCUGUGGAUUUCGAAUAUGAAUUUUGGAGAUAUUGGACAAACAUGUCUGAUAAAAAGCUGGUGAAUUUAGUGAAGGAGAUGGAAAUGAUGGAUGUGAUAAAGGAAGAAGCUCGACGGGAAUUUAUGAAGGGAGAUGGGCACAAUUAG